UGACAGACUGGCCAAGAUCAUCUGAAAACACACAUCCUUAUUGUUGAACCCUGAUUUUCUUUCCCUGCAAGCCAUGGCGCCGUCAAUCCACAACGAGGACUUCGCCUCCUCGGUCCAGACUGUACAGUCUAGCCGCUUCGAUGGCCCUUCGUGCAAGAUUGGAAUCAACGGCUUCGGUCGUAUAGGCCGGAAUGUGCUACGUGCAUCCUUGACUCGCUCCGACCUCGAGGUCGUGGCUAUCAACCACACCUGCAACUCGAUCAAGGACCUUAUCUACCUGAUCCGCUACGACGGCACGAUGGGUCGGAUGGACCCCCACAAGGAGAUCGUCGCCGUUAGCGAGAGUCUGAUCACCAUCGGUGGCCAACCCAUCCGGUUGAUCUCCGAGCGUGACCCCCGCCUGAUCAACUGGCGCGAGUUGGGCGCCGACUAUGUGGUUGAGAGUACCGGCAAAUUCACCAAGCGGGACUUGGCCUUGCAACAUGUCACCCACGGCCAGGCCAAGCGCGUCAUCAUCUCUGCCCCCAGUUCCGACUCGCCUACAUAUGUCUAUGGUGUCAACUCGGACGCAUACCGCCCAGACGACAGCAACCAGGUCAUCUCCUGUGCGAGUUGUACGACCAACUGCGUCACCCCCGUGCUCAAGGUGCUGAACCAGCAGUUCGGACUGGAGCAGGGCUUCCUGACCACCAUUCACGCGGCCACGCAGUCCCAGCAGGUCUUGGACGGCUACAGCAAGAAGAACCCCCGUCUGGGUCGCACGGUAUUUGAUAACAUCAUCCCCACCACCACGGGUGCUGCCAAGGCCAUUGCCACUGUUCUCCCGGAGCUGCAAGGCAAGGUGACUGGUAUCUCAGUCCGCGUUCCGACACCCGACGUUUCCCUGAUCGAUUUGACCAUCAACACUGCCCAACCGACCUCCCUGGCGGAGAUCCUGGCGGCAUUCCGACGGGCGGCCAAGACCGACCUGGCCGGAGUGCUGAGCGUCAGCGAUGAACAGCUGGUCAGCAGCGACUACAAGGGCGAGUGCUGUUCGGCAGUCAUUGAUGCGGCCGCUUGCAACGAGCUCAACCCGCAGUUCUUCAAGAUCAUCGCCUGGUAUGACAACGAAUGGGGCUACUCCAACCGUCUGCUCGACCUGGCCGUUUUGGUCCACAGCCAAGAGGAAGCUUGAAGGACACCCUCUGUUUGUCCCUUUCCCCUCCGCGAACCAUCUGACUGGUCCGGACUUGCUCAAACUUGGUUACUCGGGAUUCGAUCCGGCAUCGGUCCCAAGUAGCUUGCAAAUGACAGGCGCCCGCCCGUGCGAACUUGCCAACCAGCCUGCGACUCCCGCCUUGGCUCGGCCCUGAUACUGAGUACCACCGCACGGCUUUCCGUGCCACUACGCCAUUGAUGACCUAAACACCUUCGAUGUAGCCCUAAUUCACCCGCUCCCCAACCAGCAAGUUUACUUUAUUUAUAUAGAGAUCGUCGUUAGUGAGAAUCAGUCUAUAGAUUCAUAUACCAAUGCAGACAACCGCAG